UGUUCUGCAGGUUUCUGUGAAACUGGACAAACAGCAUCAAUCAGCUCAGCAGUGGAGUCAGUUCUCCUGUGGAGGGAAACAGCCGUGGGAUCAUAUUUUACCUUUCACUAAGAGUUGCUGCUUGCUGGACCCGAUUCAGCUUAAUUUUAUUUUACUUUUUCUGAUAAUUUGGAACAUGUAAGGAGGUUUUCUUCACCAUGUUGGAUUGGACAAAGCAGAUCGAGAGCAAAGUCAACAAUCAGACUAAUCACAGCUGGAAAAUGACUUCACACCCUCUAACAUAAGUGAGGAUCACGCAGUUCCUACGCAUUGUAACCAUGACGUCAGGGGUGAAACAGCCUCAAGGAUGGGGCCUCGCUGCUCUGUUUUCGUGCUGCUACCAAGAAAGUGAACAACCUGAAAUCCGCUACUGCCAUGAAAACGUCACAGCGAUGGAGCCCACAAUGCCCAUGCCCUCUGCCCCGGAGCUGAACUCCAUGUUCACUGAACUCAUGGACGAACUGGGGCUCUCAGAGAACCAAAGAACGGCCAUGUUUGCUAUGCCGCCAGAAAAGAAGUGGCAGAUUUACUGCAGUAAGAAAAUGGAGGAGGAAAAAGGAGCAACCAGCAGGCCUGAAUUUUACAUCAGCCGGCUCAACUCAAUGGCUGCUAUGAAGCCUCUGCUGGCAUUGGAUGAAGAAGAUCAAGCCAAUCUGAAGGACGUUGAUGGUCUGAAAACAGCUCUACGAACUCAGCCAAUAAGAUUUGUGACAGGCUUCCUUGAACAGGAUGGCCUCACCUGCAUCCUUAACUUCCUCAAGUCUAUGGACUACGAGACGGUUGAAUCCCAGGUCCACACAUCUCUGAUCGGCUGCAUCAAGGCACUGAUGAACAGUUCUGAGGGCAGAACCCACGUCUUGGGACACCCAGAGAGCAUCAACAUCAUCGCUCAAAGUCUGACUGCAGAAAACAUCAAAACCAAGGUGGCAGUCUUGGAGAUCCUCGGUGCUGUGUGUCUGGUCCCAGGAGGCCAUAAGAAAGUCCUGGAGGCCAUGCUGCACUACCAGACCUUUGCCUCAGAGAGGACUCGUUUCCAGAACCUGAUGACGGACUUGGACCGGUCCACGGGUCGCAACAGGGACGAUGUCAGCCUGAAGACAACCAUCAUGUCUUUCUUUAAUGCUGUACUCAGUCAGGGAGCAGGAGAGACCAGUCUGGAGUUCCGGAUCCAUCUGCGCUAUGAGUUUCUUAUGUUGGGCAUUCAACCAAUCCUCGACAAACUUCGGUUCCAUGAAAACAUCACCCUAGACAGGCAUAUAGACGUUUUUGAGAUGUUCAGGAACGCAGAUGAGUUUGAGAUGUAUAAACGAUUUGAUAGCACCCACGUCGACACCAAGAGUGCGAGCCAGAUGUUUGAUGUGAUCAGGAGUAAACUAAAGCACACUGAAGCUUACCCUCAUUUACUGUCUGCUCUGCAGCAUUGUCUCAUAAUGCCAUAUAAUAAGAGCGGGACCACGCUUCAGUACUGGGUGCUGUUGGACCGGAUCAUUCAGCAACUGGUUCUGCAGACGGAUAAAGGUGAAGACCCAGAUGUGGCCCCUCUGGAGGAUUUCAAUAUAAAGAAUAUUGGCCGCAUGCUGGUAAAGGAAAAUGAGGUGAAACAGUGGAAAGAACAAGCAGAUGAAAUGCGAAAAGAGCAUCAGAAGCUGCAGCAACGCUUGGAAAAGAAAGAGAGGGAGUGUGAAGUCAAGAAUAAGGAGAAAGAAGAGAUGAUGGAGACGCUGAACAAGAUGAAAACCAAGCUAGAGCGAGAGAGCCACGAGCACAAACAAGCUAAACAACAAGUGGAGGAGCUGACUGCUCGAUUGCAGCAGCUCAGUUCUAGCUCAAGUGUUCCAGGAGGACCUCCAGUCACCUCUGGUGGUUUCGUUUCACAUGUUUCAUCCCCAAGUUCUCCUGCUCCUCCACCACCUCCUCCUCCUCCACCUCCUCCUCCAGGAGAUCCCCCAGUCUUUGGCAUGGCUCCACUUCCCCCUCCUCCUCCAGGACUUCCUUUAGGGAUAGCAGAGAAGAUGAAAAACAUCCCUCAGCCAUCCAGCCCACUGAAGUCUUUCAACUGGAGCAAACUGUCGGAGACUAAGAUAGCAGGAACCAUCUGGAAAGAAAUCGACGAUCAGGAUGUGUUCAAAGUUCUGGAUCUGGAGGAGUUUCAAAAUACUUUCUCAGCUUACCAGCGACCAGCAAAAGAAGCUGGGGAAGCCGAGUCUGUUAAAAAAGUCAAGGAGCUGUCGGUGAUUGAUGGCCGCCGAGCACACAACUGCAACAUCCUGCUGUCACGACUGAAGAUGACCAACGAGGAGAUAUGCCAGGCCGUCCUGAGCAUGGAUGAUCAGGAGGAGUUGCCCAAAGACAUGUUGGAGCAGCUGUUGAGGUUUGUUCCUGAGAAGAGUGACGUGGAUCUUUUAGAGGAACACAAACACGAGUUGGACCGCAUGGCUCGAGCCGACCGCUUCCUGUAUGACAUGAGCAGAAUCAACCACUACCAGCAGAGACUCCAGACUCUUCACUUCAAGAAGAAGUUCACUGACCGAAUGGCCGAGGUCAAACCUAAGAUCAGAGCUCUCAGUCUUGCCUCCACGGAGGUGGUCCAGAGCCAGGCUCUCCGACAGCUCCUGCAGGUGGUUCUGGCCUUCGGGAACUACAUGAACAAAGGACAACGAGGAAACGCCUAUGGAUUCAAAGUUUCUAGCCUCAACAAGAUGGUGGACACUAAGUCUAGCAAUGACAGAAACAUCACUCUGCUGCACUACAUGAUCACUGUGCUGGAGAAAACGUUUCCUGCAGCCACGUCCUUCAGCAAGGACCUGCAGAACAUUCCAGAAGCUUCUAAAGUCAACAUGACCGAGUUGGAGAAGGAAAUCAACAUUCUGAGGUCUGGUCUGAAGAGCAUUGAGGCGGAGCUGCAGUACCGGCAGACACAGUCCUCCCAGCGUCCAGUUGAUAAGUUUGUUUCUGUGGUCAGCCAGUUCAUCACCGUGGCAUCCUUCACCUUCUCAGACGUAGAAGAUUCACUGCGAGAGGCUAAAGACCUGUUUGCAAAGGCACUGACACACUUUGGAGAGGACUCAUCCAACCAGCAGCCAGAUGACUUCUUUGGGAUCUUCAACACUUUCCUCUCGGCGUAUUCUGAAGCCCGACAGGACAAUGAGGACAUGGCCCGGCGGCAAGAGGAGGAGAAGAAACGAGCACUUGUUGAGGCUCAGAUGAAGAAAGACCGAGAGCAGAGGAUGAGGAAGGCAAAGUCAGUUGAAGAAGAGGAAGGUGGAGAGUUUGAUGACCUAGUGUCUGCGCUGCGCUCAGGAGAGGUCUUUGACAAAAAUCUGUCCAAAUUGAACAACAAGAGGCAGCGCAAAGCCAAAGAGCUUGGCAGCCGACAAAGACCAAUGUCGACCUUUAACCAGUACCAGGACAGGUAACCAGUACGGGUUCAUUGGGACUUGCGCAAAACCACUUCUAGGGUAUAUAAUAACCAGUUCUGGUUCUGUGGAACUGGAGCUAAACCAGUACCAGGACAGCUAAUAGCCAUCACUGGUUCACUGGGACUGAGCCUGAACCAGUAUCACAACAGUUAAUAGCCAGUGGCUCAUUUGGACUGGAAUUGAACCAGAACCAGGAGAGUGUUUAUAACUAGUACUGAUUCACUGGGAGUAAAACAAGUAGUAGGACAUUUUCUGAACAAGAGGAGCUAACUGGGACUGGACAUGACCCAGUAACAGUUGAUAACCAACAGCACCUUACUGGGACUGGAAUAUAAUGAGUAUCCGGUAAGCUCACUAGGACCAGAACUUGUGAAAAUUGGCUUCACUCAAUGGCUCUGCUUGAUAAAGAAUUCAGUGAAAGAUACAGAAACUCAUGUUGGUUUGCUUCUAGGAAAACCCACUCCUGACCAUUGCUAUUAAAAAUCUAUUUCUUCACAUUUCACCUUCAGUCAAACUCAGAAAGGGCUGAAACAUUCCCAUCAAAUCUCAUGUUUCUCAGCAGCCAGAGACCAGAAUUAACUUAAAAGAUCCAGAAAAAAGUAAAGUUUGAGCCACACAAAAUUAUUUUUACUGCAUCAGUCUUCGCUAGCUGUGGUCAGUCGGUGCAUAGUUCUGUUAGUGUGAGAGUAGGUAAAGGCUGCAGUCUGAGUGUGUAAGGGGAACCAACCCGACCCGACCUCAGUUAUAAUCAAACAAACCUGCUGAGAUUUUUGAGGCGGAUCUGGAUGCAGUCGGGUUUUGCAAACUGACCACCGGCGUGUUACCGACAGCCAAUAAAAAAGAGGCAACAGCUGUGAGACGACAUUUUAAAAACACUUUAUUUGAAACUAUGCACAAUUAUGAAAACAAAAACACUGGGCAUAAUACAAACUUUCAACUAAUUACAAUCCAUCUUGAUUAAAAAACAAAGAAUAAGACAACAAACAGAGACUCGGAUAUUUAAGAACAACAUAUAGUAAAAUAAACCAAACAAUUCCCAUAUUGAGCAUUAAGGUAAUAAGAUUUAAUUUAACCAAUUGACAUUUCUGAAUUAAAACGUUUUCACAUAGAAUAAACCUUUUUAUUUGGGGAUUUGUUUUUUCCACUAUUUAUUGUUUGUUAGAGUGACUAUUCAUCAUGUUUGUGGCUCAGAACCGAAUUUGAUCUGAGAUGUGAACUGGGACCUGAAGGCCAUCUUCAGAGCUGCUGAUGUGAUUCUGAAAGGGAUGUGCAAUAACAGAACCAUCUGUUGAUUAUUAAUGCUUAUUUAUAUCUGCUUAAUAUAAUGAAAGAAUAUUCCAAGAUGACUGUUUUGAAGCAUUAAGUAAUUUAAGAAUAAAAAAAUCUUAUAUUUAAAGAAUCUGCUGUACAUAAUCGGUGUUACAUAAAUGUGUUUUUGACUUCAUGAAAAGUUAUAAACAUGUUCUUACUAUGAUUCAUAUCUGUGUCUGAUGUUAAACAGUGAAAAAUAUUAAACUGUGUCCUGUUGCUGUAUGAGUCGCUUUCAGAUUAACAAACUGUUAAAUAAAAAUGUUUCUGAGCUGGCAGAGAAUAAUAA